AUGAGCAUGUACAACGAGCUCCAUAGCUCCCUCGACCAGAAGGUGAAGACUUCACAGCGCUUGGUGGAGAAGUUGUCGCAUCGCGCGCAAUCUGUGGAGAACUCCUUGCAACACACCAGGCAAACGUUACAGAAGUUGCAGGAUGCCCUGGUCUCGAAGGAUCCACCCUUGGCCUUGUGCACCUGGCGCCUGGAGCAGCGCGAGAAACGGCCCCUGCGGGAACAGGUGCGCGACACUGUGGAGGUUUGCCUGGAGGUAGAGAAGGCUAGUCUGAUGGACGCACAAAGAAGAUUGAAGGAGUGCAUCAAGAAGACUCAGGCCACCAUCAACGCUUUGGAUCAAAAAUUGGAGGAACUUCGUCAUGACAUCCAGCAGAAAACGCAAGCCUUAUCCGUGGAUGAGUUAUGUCUCCGCACCACCUCUCGAAGUUUGGAGACCGUGGCGGAUCGCAGCAGCUAUCUACGCAGCUGCCUGCGGCCCAGCAGUCGUAACCUACCGCCCAGCAGCCCGCGGCGACGGCCCGGCGGGGCGCAAUCGGCGCGCCACGAGGUCGCGGCACAGGAGUCCUUCCGUAACGAGGUGCUUCGACAGAAGGAGGCCUUGAGACUGAACCAGUCAGCCAUUCAUCGCGAGGAGGCCGCCAAGGAGCUCCGGGAAGAGGCACAUAAGCUGAUCCAGCGCAUGCAGCGACAGACGGAGGAUGCCACGAAGAAAAGCGACAAAUCCAUGCAGGUCAUGGGAUGGGAUGGGAAAUCUGACAAGGAGCGCGUGAAUGAGAACCAGCAGAUGCGGCGACGCCUGGAGUCGGAACUGCGCGAAACGUGUACCCAAAUUCACAUGACCAAGAACACCCUCCAAGACACCAAGACGCACAUCCGUUCCUUGGAAGAGCCCAUGGAGUUGACCAACACCUGUGCAUCUUGGCGCAAGCAGCGAGCUUCCAAGGAGCAUACUGUGGAUCCUGUGUCUACCACUUUGCUGGAACAUCAGAUGACCUUGUUGAAGUGUCAUGAAGAUUUGAAGCAGCACCAUCAGAAUGAGAAGUCCGUCCUGCAAGAGCUGCAGGAGAAGAAGGAGCAGUUGAAGGAGGACCUCCGCGACAAGACCUCCGCGCUGCACAUCGACCUGAACUGCUUGACCCACGAAAGCGUCACCUGCCUCAAUGGCAAGGUGGUGGGUCCGCCCUGCGUCAGCCGCCAACGGCUCCCAAAAGCCAUGAAG